UUAGUAGUUCUCAGGCUCGAUAGUUAGCUAUAUUUUACAAGCUAGCUCGCAUGCUGUUUGUGCUAGCAUGAAAUGAGUUAAACCUCAACAUUGAUGAAAAGUAAUUGUAUCACUAAGAGCGGGAGAUUCAACUAUCCGAAAUGAAUGCGUGCGGUCAUCUUUCAAUACUUUGCAUCUUAUUAUUCGAUCUUCAGCCUGCUUUUUGUAACGAAUUUGCCAAGAGGGAUGUGCCUAAUGGCCACGACGAGAUAUCAGGUGGCGAUUUCUUCAAGUCUUGGCUAAACUCAAAACAGCGAAGAAGUGUGAAAUCGGUCGGAGACAGAGGACUGAAAGCAUUAAAACAGACACGACAAAUUAAACCGCAGUUUGAAUGUGGCGACCUGGUCUUUAAAGUUUUUCUAAAGCAAGAUGAUGUCGUCAAUCUCCGAAUUAGUGGACCGCGUGGAGACCUGCUCCGCUUGGAGCAGUUAUCAGCUUUUUGUGGCGUUGCCAUCAAGACGUCACACACAGAUGUCCACCUGCUAUUCAGCUAUGAUUCAUGUUAUGUGAAACCAGAGGAAAGUGGAUAUGUAUUGUCUCUGAGCUGGUAUGGGACAGAGCAGGCUCUGUCCUGUCCUAGAAGUAGGACCCCUCCCUCCGUUGUCUGUAAGAACAAUGCCAUGGAAAUGACUUUAGCUGGUGAUGGGAGAGCAGAUGAAUUGUCAGUUGCAUUAAAUGGGGAAUGGGCACCUCUGCUUUAUGUGGCCGCUGAAUGUUGGCACAGAGAGCGGUCUUACCAGGGACAGCUCACCUUCUCUGUUCCGUAUAGCAGCUGCGGUGUCUACUUCAGGGAUGGUCACUUCAUUCUGGUUUUGAAAUCAAAAGGCCAGAUGAUUCCACUGUCUUGUCCAUAUGAGCCAAAACCAGGGUUUCCAGUCAAAAACCCUGGGUUUUCUGAGACAACCCAACCUCCGCCACAAAAGCAACUCCGUGUAUACCACAAGGAACCAAUUGUAUUUCCAGUUGAGCAACAGCAAAGAAAUUUAUCGGGAUCACCCCAUCUACACCCAAGGAGUCGUUGGCUGCCUAAAUUGCCAUCUUUGCCAUCUUUGCCUGGCUCUUUUAAUCUGUCUGUAAACUUCCCCUUUUCACUUCCUAUGCAAAAAGAGCCGGUGCUUUACAGAGAUCCUACGACAAGUAAACAGGGGGUUUUGACUCCUGAACCGGUUCCUCGACCAACUUUUAAGCCGAUUAUUGAAUCGACUGUGGAAUUGACUACUGAAUCAACUCCUGAACUGACUACUGAAUCUGCUACCGAAUCGCUUCCUGAACCGACACGUGAACCGGAAAAUGAACAUCGACAAAGUAAUCUUGAGCAGAUGGAACAUGAUCUCGCUGCUGCGGUCACAAUUCCUCCUUACCACGUGGCCUAUCCUAAUAGUUUCGAAAGACCGGCUUCAUCUCGUCAAUCUAGGCCUUCCUUUGUCCCGAAAAAUCAGUUUUCAAGGGUUCCUGUCCCUAGUUCUUCCCUGUAUCCUUUUGGGUCAGCUCAGAACUACAACUUUCCUGAUCGGCUUAAAGUAAAUCCUUCUCUUGACAGUAUAGCGCAGUAUCUUCCACCCGGGUAUUUCAUAUGCUCACAUAAUCCACCACCACCGGUUCACCCAGAGAGGUUUCUGCCUCCUGUUCCAAAUCCUCUUCAACCUUUACAGUUUCAAAUACCCAGUUAUCAAAAGCCUGACAUUACUUGGUUUGCACCAUCUAACCCUGCUGUUCCUCCCAUGACUGUUUACCCAAAGCCACUGACCAGUGCUGUGGCUUCUAACCCCCAUCAACUUUUCCAGCCAGCUCAGUAUUUUCAGCCUGCUGAACCACACCUAAACUUUUACAGAGGAAGUUAUGGCCCUCUGGGUUCCACCUCAACUCGCCAAUCCCCAGAAAGACUUUAUCCCUCUUCCCCUGCUCUGCAAGAGGAUGGACCCAGCAGUCCAAAACGUGUCCAGAAGCCAGGACAACAGCCUUGGUCAACCAGUCACCGUCCUGUAAAAAAGCCAUCUCAAGAGCCAAAACCACUGGUGCCAGCUUCAAGACGUACACCAGAUGUUCUCGAGUAUCUGACUGGUGGAGAUGAGUCUCUAGAACUUUAUCAGAGGUCUUUUGAGGAUGCAUCUGGAAUAGAAAUCCCAAGUCAUUCACAAUACCGGCCCACUCUGCUUUCAGCUGAUGUUUCCACGAGAAAAACUGGUUCCCGUCACAUGGGCUUUUUCCAGCCACGAUCCAUUGCUCCAGUUCCCAGUCCACAGGCCCCAACGUUUACAGGCAAUCGUCCUAUUAUGUCCUUGCCACAACCCAUGCCUCGUUUCUUUUCUGUAAAGGAAGGUGCGCCGGUUGCACAACUUCCUUACAGUCAGGGCCCUUCAGUAAGGGGCAUGCAGCUUGCCCCCGUCUACUCUGAAAAGCCAAGUGAGGCGAGCAGUCAGAAGCCUCAGAAUGCCACCCUGCCACCGCACCAGUUCUUUAGACCGGCAAGUCUAGAGAAGGACAUUUUUGGGUCUCCACUUUUUAGAUCUACCUCCCAGGAAGUGCAACCGCCAAAAGAUGCGUCCCACUCCUAUUUCUACAGUCCUUCAGCUGCUGAAGCGCUCAAUUAAAACGUGAACUGGAAUGGUGAUGCAUUUGAAAAGAUGUUUUAAUAAAACGGCCUUUUCAGAGAAA